AUGCGCACGCUUGAAGGACGCGUGUCAGAGCAACGUCAGCUGUUGCUUGAGGCGCACGGCGCGGGUGUUCGAACCACCGCAGGGCUGCUGCUGCUAGUUUGGCCAACGCCUCGACUCACAACUUGCUUGCUGAGUCUCCUCGUCGCUGGCUGCCUUUCUUUGAUCAGAUCGCACACUCGGAUCUUCUCACCCUGUUUUAUUCCCCUGCGUUUUUGCUCUUUCGGAGACAACAUGGCCUCCGGAUAUGGAUCUCUGCGCCUGCUGUGUCGUACAUCUGCUGCAUCGUCAGUUCGCGGUGUUACAUCCGCCAGCGCACAUGCUGAUCCCGGUUUCAUUGCAACCCGCAUGGCUGGCAUUGCCAUGUGGCGGCAGAUGACCACACUCGGCGUUCCGGGAAGCAAGGAAUCAAUGAAGGAGGAGCUUAAGCAACGUGCAUGGCCGGACAAGGGCACCACAAUCCAGGAAGGAGCGGAGGAGAAGGCCAAGGCAGCCAAGGAGGCAGGCUAUGAGAGAGCGUACGAAGAUGCUGCUGAUAUCUACAAGGCGGAAGGUAUGAGUGGGAAGUUGAAGCAAGCAGGGCAUAUGGUCGCGGAUGCAGCCAAGGGAGUGGGUGAGAUGGCAUCCAAGGUUGCAGAUAUGGGCAAAGAAGGCAUGGGUCGCGCUGCUGAAACUGCCAGGGGACUGGCGGGAGCUGCCCCUCCUAAUGCGGAGGAGAGGAGGGAGAAGGUGGAUGAUAUGGGGAAGAGGACUGUUGAGGGUGUUGCAGAUGCUGCUAAGUCCGCUGCUGAUGUGGGCGGACAGAGGGGUGGGUCAUGA